AUGGUCCACAGAUCUCUCUCUCUCUCUCUCUCUCUCCAACCCAAAACUCACAGAACUCACUCUCUAUCUCUCUCUCUCUCUCUCUCACACAUACACACACUAGCAUGAAGAAGCUCUACCGGAAAGGCGCGGUCCACCCAUCGCCGCCGCUCAUUUCCGAUCAGCUGGCUUUUUUACCGGCCACCAUCUUGACUCUGGCGGCUUCGCUCUCGCCGGAAGACAGAGAAGUGUUGGCCUACCUCAUCUCUUGCUCCUCCUCCACCAACUUUUCCGGCAAUCGGAGGAAUACCCAGAAGACUACCACCACUGGAGGCGGAGGCGGUGACCACCCAACUUCUUUUAGCUGUAACUGUUUCACGUGUUAUAUGAGUUACUGGGUCAGGUGGGACUCGUCGCCGAAUCGCCAAACGAUUCAUGAAAUCAUCGAUGCUUUCGAAGAUGGGUUGGCUCAGAGCAAGAAGGAUAAGAACAGGAAAGAGAGAAGAAAGAGGGGUUCGAAAGGGUCGGAUGAGUUGAAGCGGUCUGAGUUGGGUUCUAGUAAGGACGAGUUAGGCGAGUCAGAAUCGGUGGAGGAGAUUACUAUUGGUGGUGGUGGUGGUGAAGGAGAAGAUUGUGGUGGUAGUGAUGGUGAUGAUGAUGAGGAAGAGGAAGGGUUUGAAAAGGGUUCAGUGAGGAAGUUUGUGAGUUUUAUUGGGGAGAAGUUUUGGAGUGUUUGGACCUAAGGAAUUUCAAGGAAAAUUUGGAGGAAAAACAGGUUGGUUUAGUUUUUCUACUUCUCUAUAAGAAAAAUAUUUUUUUGGCUUAUUAAUCCCUUUUUUUUUUUGAGUUUUUUUUUUGGGAGUGUUUUUUGGAGUUGUAUAGUACCCUUUUUACUUUGUAAAAAAUGGGUAGAUUUGAAUGAUUUCCUUUUAGUUAAUUUCCCUUCACUUCAUACAUCAAUGGUUUUAUACCCAUUGCUAAGCAGUGUAGUUUCUAUGUUAAUAUUUAUCCAGAAAUAGGAAAUGAAGGAGA